GCAGCGGCUGCAUGUUGACACAUCUCUCUGUCCUCCAGGUGUCCAGGUCCGCUCAUCUACCUGUUGGAGCCCUGCAGCAGGAAGGUGACAGGAAUCUCAAACCACUUUAGACAGACUUCCUGCUGACUUCCUGCUGACUUCCUGCUGACUUCCUGCCGACUUCCUGCUUCCCACCAAGCCUCAGGUCAGGUCCAGCCGGCGGCUCCUGAUUGGUUCCCACCGAGGCAGAGGGACACGGCGCCGCCUGCAGGCAGACGGACACCAUGGACGUCCUCUGGCUUGUCCUCCUGUCCUGCCUCCCGUCCUGCUUCUGCGACAUGCUCUGUCCGAAGCGCUGCACCUGCCAGAACCUGCUGCCGUCCUACACGGUGCUGUGCGCCAAGACGGGCCUGCUCUUCGUCCCGCCAAACAUCGACCGGCAGACGGCCGAGCUCCGGCUGAUGGACAACUUCAUCACCACGCUGAGACACCGAGACUUCGCCAACAUGACCAGCCUGAUCCACCUGACCCUGAGCCGGAACACCAUCAGCCAGAUCAGACCCUACACCUUCGCCGACCUGCAGGACCUCCACGCCCUCCACCUGGACGCCAACCGCCUCACCGUCCUGGACGACUCGCACUUCCAGGGGCUGGUGAACCUGAGGCACCUCAUCCUGGCCAACAACCAGCUGCACAGCAUCUCAGAGGGGGCCUUCCAGGACUUCCUGGAGACGCUGGAGGACUUGGACCUGAGCUACAACAACCUGGUGGACAUCCCCUGGGACACGGUGUCCCUGCUGGUGAGCGUCAACACGCUGAGCCUGGACCACAACCUGAUCGAGAGCGUCCCCGAGGGAAUCUUCUCCAACCUGCACAAACUGGCCAGGCUGGACAUGACGUCCAACAAGCUGAAGAAAAUCCCCCCGGACCCGCUCUUCCUGCGGAUCCCGGUCUACGCCAAGAUGAAGGGCUCUCCGCUCACGGCGCUGGUGCUGAGCUUCGGGGGAAACCCGCUCCACUGCAACUGUGAGCUGGUGUGGCUGCGGCGGCUGACCCGCGAGGACGACCUGGAGACCUGCGCGUCCCCCAGAGACCUGGCCGGGAAAUACUUCUGGACCAUCAGAGAGGAGGAGUUUGUCUGCGAGCCGCCCAUGAUAACACGCCACACCUCCAAGAUGUUUGUGAUGGAGGGUCAGGAGGUCAGCCUGCGCUGUAAGUCCAUCGGGGAUCCGGAGCCGUCCACGCACUGGGUCAGCCCGGAUGGGAAGCUGAUCGGGAACACGUCCAGAACCGUCUGCUACGAGAACGGGUCGCUGGACAUCCUGAAGGCGUCCGUCAAGGAUUCUGGGAAAUUUACGUGCAUCGCGUCUAACGCAGCCGGCGAGGCCACCGCUCCCGUCGAACUGGUCGUCAACGCCUCGCCACACUUUGGGCCCAAACUGGAGCCGGACCCGGGUCCCUCAGACAUCCCCACAUCCAUCAAAUCCAACGUGAGCGGGGGCCAGCCCAGGGCCGACCCACAGCGGGUCAGCGUGUCGGACCUGACCUCCAGCUCCGCCGUCAUCCGCUGGCCACCACAGAACCACAUCCCAGGGGUCCGCAUGUACCAGAUCCAGUACAACAGCUCCACCGACGACAUUCUGACCUACAGGAUGAUCCCGGCCAAUCACAAGUACUUCCUGCUGAGCGACCUGGCGGCGGCGCGGGACUACGAGCUUUGUGUCCUGGCGGUCUAUGACGACGGUGUCACCACGCUGACUGGAACCAAGAUGGUGGGCUGCAUCUCCUUCACCACCGACUCAGAGUACGGCCGCUGCCACUCCAUCCGGGACCAGUUCCUGGGCGGCACCAUGAUCAUCAUCAUCGGCGGGAUCAUCGUGGCGUCUGUGCUCGUCUUCAUCUUCAUCCUGCUGAUGAAGUACAAGCUCCAUAGCAACCACUACAAGCAGAAAGCCGCGGCGCGUCACGCCAACGUCUGCUCCCAGACCAACGGAAGUGGAGGGGGCGGAGCCAGCGGUGUCCUGGCGCUGCCUCCGUCCGCCGUGGGGGGUGCAGGCGCUAAUAAAAGCUGCGCGCCGGCAGCAGAGGGAGGAGCUUCUCUCAGAGGGACGACCGUGGUGGACCUGAACCCGAGUCUUGACGAGGACGCCACGUCCCAAUAACAGGAAGCCGGACGCUCAGCGCCGACUCCCCUUCCUGUUUGUUUCACUGCGUUUCUUUUUCUGCUCCGUCCUGGAGUCAAACUGGACUUCCUGUGAGGAGCAGCGGCGCUCGGCGAUUUUUUCACACUCAGAGUAUCAGAGAGUAGGAAGAGGUGAAAACACACACACACCUGCACACACACACCUGGACAGGUGAGCUGUUGUUUCUGAGUUUGAACACAGCGGUUCUGGAGGUUCUGGUUUCUGGUUCUGGUGAAUUUCAGAUCCUUUCUCUGAUUGUGAAACUGAACGUUUUGAUUCUUAAUAAAUCUGUGGUGCUGGGCGGUGCGCCCCCUGCUGGCGGCGUUCAGUCCACAGCUCAGCUGCUCCAUUCAGCAGGAAAUAGAAACUUAUUUUAGGAAGCCAAUGUUGCCAUGGCAACAUGGUGGCAUGAAAAAGGUUUUCAGGCCUCAGACGCAGGUCUUCCUCUGGGACGGUCCAGCAGCAGAGGACGGGCUCAGGCCGUGUGAACGGGCUUCAGACACGUCACUGCUUCAUUUUGCAUGUCAGCUUUCAAAAUAAAAGCACAAUGAGCCGUGGUUUGGUCGCCCAUUAGAGGAGAGUUUUUGUCUUCAGCAGUGGCUGAAAUAAAAGGAACAUUGAGCAAAAUAUUUGAUGCUCAUCAAACUGUAAUGUUGUUGAUGAUGAUUUUAUAUCUUAAUGUUUUCUGAUGAAAAGCCCUUUGAGCUGCAUUGUGACUGAAAUCUGUAAUAAAUUGAAAUAACUGAAAGGAACCUUGAAGAGGAAAAUCUGACGUGGAAAUACUUAGAGAUGAUCGCUCAUAUUAAGAUUCUUAAAUAAAAAUAAUGAACUUGUCCACCUGCUAAAUUCUCACCUGCACAGUAAUUAGUUUGAUCAGCGAACAUCUAAACCGAAAGAAAGACUGAAAGAAACAAAACAGGAAGCAAAUGCAAACACA